AUGCCUCUAACGAAAGACCUCGCGUUCUCCCCGAUACAGCUCUCUCUCACGCACUUCUGCGAAGUGCAUGGCCCUACCUCCAUUAUCUGCUCGCAGGUUCUCCCCUUCGCCUGCACCCAAUGUCACCCCGAUGCCGACGCCUCGCCCAAUACCACAUCCCAUUCCCCGGGAGAGCCCAGGUCGCCCAAAUCACCCGGCACCACAUUUGAACCCUCGGCGUCGCGAUCACCCAAGAUCGAAGAUCACCCUUACUUCCUACGCUCCCAACAGUCCGCAUCUCCCGAAGAACGCACGAACCGACUCAGCGCCACGGACGGCGACACAUGCGCCAGCUGUAGCUUGUCCCUCCCCGAAGGCGUGAGCAAGCAGCUACCUUCGGGCGCACCCGGCAGUCGUGACGCCAAUGGCAGCAGUAACGGCAGCCCAGUCCUACGAUCGCGCGAAGUCGUCUACUCAUGCGGCAACAGCCACUCCGACAUGGACGAUGACUCCCCAGACUCUCAUACCCACGCCUCUCCACCCGAAUCUCUACGUUCCGCCUCCGUCGCAUCCGACUCGUCAUGUCACACGCAUAUCUUGACCUAUCUCUCACUCCGCGGCCCUCCCAACCCGGCUGACUACGCCCUUCUCCGCCGCUCUUCCAUCCGCACCCUUAGCUGUGAGCUACUUCCCCGCGGCCUGUCCUCCGGUCCUAUCUGCUUUGGCGACUCCGUGGCUGGCUACACGAUCGCCUACAUUUUCCGCCUCCCCGACCCCAUGGCACGCGGCAAGCGACGCAGUUACGCAUUAGUGGCCCUCGCCGGAAAGGAUGCCGGAAGAGCAUUCCGAGCCUGUCCCGUUAUCUGGCGCGCAUUCGGGCGCAUUGCCUCUGGCAUUGUUAGCGCUGCUGAGCGGUUCCAGGAAGAAGAGAAGAAGCGCGAGGAACAAAAUAAUGCUGCCGCUCCACCCGGUGACCGUCAGUACACACCCGUCUCCUCCUUCUUGACAGGCCGGGCUAGGGACCCGGCUGGGCAAUCGCGUCGCCUUGGCCAGAUUCGGGCGCGCAAUUUGGCGGAGAUCGUGGGCAACGAGUACAUUUUCACCGAACUCCAUGCGCACUUUGUCGCACUGCUUCAGCAGCUGGGCACCAUGUUCGGCGGUGUCCCUAUCUCCGAAGACCGAUUUGUCUGCAGUACCGUCAGUGACGAGGAGGACGCUACGACGACUCAGCCCGUUCUUGUGUCCCAUGGCAGUGAGCGUUCCAAGAAACGCCAGUCCGUCUCCAAAUAUGACGGUAAUGACCUUGACAUGUCCAAACUCGAAAUUGCCUCCGGGCCCCAGCCUAUCCCCAUCACCACUACCCGUCGGUCAGUCGUGGCCUAA